UCCACUGAAACCAUCUGCUGCUUUGGGGAUCGAAAUCCAGGAUAUCACCGAGGUGAUGGAGGCGAUUGAAGCCGAUUUUGUUCCUGGUUCGGAUGUCCCUGAGGUAGCUGGGGAGAAGAAGGAGUCUGCUGAUCUUCCCUUCGAGAGAGAGAAGAGUCCAGACAAGGAGAUGAUAGAUCUCUCGGGCCCCGAAGCUGCGGUUCCCGAGGUUCAGAAGGAGGUUCCCUCUGCUGGAGAGGAGGAGCAGCCCGAGCAAGGUCUGACGAGGAAGAGGCGCCACUCAACUUUGGGUUCUACUUCUACCUCGGCCCUGGAUAGGCUGAUCCAUGCUGAUCCCUGUUCGGAUGUUCCGCUAAAACGGAUCCCCGAAGAAGUAAGGGAGGCGAUGGCUCGGUAUGCCAGGGCUCCGAUUUUGGGAGAGGACCCCUUGGCUCACGUGGGAUCCUUGGUGGGCCCCGAGGCUGCUCGGGAGAAUCUGCUUCGUGCUAACCCGCAGUGGAGGGUUCCUGGGGCCGAAGAGAGGAAUCCGGCUAUGAUGGCCCAGUACUAUCUGAACGAGGCUGUUUUCUGGUCCUCGUUCGCUUCCGAGUGUAGCUCGGUUGAGGAGAAACAAUUGAGGAAAUAUCGUGAGGCUUAUGCUCGUGAUAUUCCCAUUUUGGACCAGAAGGCUGGGCAACUCCUCUCCGAGCUUACGGAAGUCAAGCAGCUAUACCUUCAGUAUAGUCGCGAGGCUAGAGAGUCUGCUGAGAAGAUUGGGGCCGAGGUUGGCCAGCUCAUCUUCCGAGUUGAAGAGGAUGCUGAGAAGAUCGCUUCCUUUGCUGAGGAAAAGAAGGAUAUGGCCGCUAAGUUCGCUAGCGAACUUGAGGAAAAAGAUAGACUCUUCCAGGAGAUGAAGUCUAAAUUUGAAGCGGCCGACAAGGAGCAUAAAGAGGCAGAGUUAAGGCUUUGCCAUUUUGUCCAGCAUCGGGAGCUGAUCCAGCAGCAAGCUGAUAAGGUGCCUGUCCUUCGGCUGAAGCUUCGGGAAAAGGAUGACUAUAUUCGGAAGUUGGAGCAGGAGCGAGUCGACCUCUACACUGCUGAUCAGUGUAGAGAGCAGUACUGGAACGGCAUCCUGGGUGCUCGGCGCAUGUUUGCGAAGCACAUGCCUCACUUCCCUUGGAACGAGAAAGUUCCCCUAUGGAUGCAGGCCGAGGACCACUUGGUGGAAUGCCAAGCUGAUCGAGAUGAAGCUGAAGCUGAACGCCAAGCUGCUCUCGCAGAGGCUCGGGCCCAGAAGGCAACUUACGAGGGUGAUACUACUGCUGGGGGUUCUUCGAAGGAUGCUCCCCUAGGGGCCGCUCCUGAGACUCCCAAGAGUUAGGGAUUCGGGCAGUCGUCUUCUUCAGAGUCGGUCGGUUCCAGUUGAGGACUUCCGAAUAUGUGCUUGCUUUUCCCCCUUUUGCCUCGGCGCU